AGGAUGUUAUGUAUUUUUUUUAGCUUUAUUUUAAUUCGAUUGAGCUCAACACGAUUUCUCCGUUUUGCUCAAAUAUUUUUUGACGAUUUUAGUGCAGAGAGAGAGGAUAGAGAGAGGAUGGGUCUGAAAAUCGGAGGCCAAGUGGAGAAGGUGAACGGGAAACAGCUGAGCUACGCCGAUUUUGUCGACAAAUACCUGGCCCGAAACCAGCCCGUAGUCCUCACCGGGCUCAUGGACGAUUGGCGUGCCUGUAAAGACUGGGUUUCCGGCGACGGAAAGCCCGAUCUCGGCUUCUUCUCCGCUCACUUCGGUGGGUCUAGAGUUCAGGUUGCGGAUUGUGGUGAGAGGGAAUUUACGGAUCAAAAGAGAUUGGAAAUGUUGGUAUCUGAUUUCAUUGACAGCUGGGUAGAGAUUUCGGGGUCUGAUAAUGGAGGAGGUGAUGGGAAGUCGUUGUAUUUGAAGGAUUGGCACUUUGUUAAGGAGUACCCAGAUUAUAUUGCCUACACCACGCCAAUUUUUUUCCUCGAUGAUUGGCUAAAUCUGUAUCUCGAUAAGUAUGCCAUGCAUGAUGAUCCAGAUAGUUACCAAGAGACGAAUGAAAUUAGUUGCUCUGAUUAUCGUUUUGUGUACAUGGGAUCAAAAGGUACGUGGACUCCUCUUCAUGCUGAUGUUUUCAGGUCGUAUAGUUGGUCAGCCAAUGUGUGUGGCAGGAAAAAGUGGUACUUUUUGUCUCCAAGUCAACACCACCUCGUAUUUGACAGAUACAUGAAGUCUUCUGUGUAUGACAUAUUUGAAGAUGUUUGUAAAUCCAAAUACCCAGGAUUUGAAAAGGCUGUGUGGUUGGAAUGUACUCAGGAGAAAAGCGAAAUAAUCUUUGUCCCUAGUGGGUGGUACCACCAAGUUCAUAAUACGGAGGACACAAUCUCGAUAAAUCACAACUGGUUCAAUGCCUACAACAUUUCUUGGGUGUGGGAUUUGAUUUUAAGAGAUUAUCACGAGGCUAAGGGAUAUAUUGAGGACAUAAAGGACAUAUGUGACGAUUUCGAGGGGCUCUGCCAGAAGAAUCUAGCUGCUAAUUCAGGAAUUGAUUUUCGGGAUUUUUUCAUCCUCUUGAUUCGGUUUGCCCUAGCCAACUUUCUCCUAUUUUAUCAUAUGUCGACUAACGAGAAAAAUGUGGUGUGGUGGAGUUCAUCUCAAAUGGCCCAGCUAUUAGUUAUCAACCUUAAAAAUAUCAAGCUCGUCACUUUGAGGAUGAAAUCUGAAUCCGCAUGGCAAAAUCGAGGUAUUGCUAGUAUAAAUAUAGACGAAACCCUUAAGGACCAAUCGUUUAUCGAGUUCUGUAAUGCUUUGGCUGUAACUUAUCUCAAGACGUGUAACCAUAGUGAAGUAAAUUUCAGUCCGAGUCAUUUCUUUUUGGGUCACGAGCAACUCAAUCUUCGUCCGAACCUUUUUUGUACUCGGAUUUGUAAUCCUGACGAGCUGCUUUCCUUUUUGGACCGUGCUCUUGAACUAGUGGGGAUUGAAGCCUAAGAUUUGAUUGAUGAUUUGAUUCUGUGUGGAGCUAUGAAUCUUUUCAUAAUGAUUGUGUGACUGUGUGUAAACUUGUCUUUAGGAAAGAAAAGAAGAUCACUGGUGGAAGAUAUCCACCUUUUUCAGA